GAAGAUUAAAGGUUUCUAAGCUGCACUCUAUCCACAUAGAGUCAAUUCUUCCAAGAUGGGAAGAAAGCGAUUUCACAGUUUAAAACAGGUGAAAUUUCGCGCAUCAUGGAACAAAUACAAUCUCUACAACCUCUCACGUCUAAAAUCCAUCAACACUCCGUACCUUACCUUCUACCAGCAGAAAUGGAAAGCCAAGUCCAUGUCCCGAGCAUACCACGGCGAGCAGAUCCGGGAAAAACAGUGGCAGAGGAUGUUCACGCCAAAGCUCAAUGCAGUAGUCCCCAUGGACCCAAGGUAUCUGGCGGAGAAUGAUGGAUCGGAAUUGGCUGCUGGCCGAGGGUCUGGACUGGAGCAGCCUAUUAGCCCGGAUGAUAUAUUACGUGUUGGGAGGAAGCGUAUCCCAUACAUGCAUAUGACUUAUGCCCCAAUUGAGAAGCGGUUGGAUAUGGCCAUUUUCAGAGCCUUGUUUGCUAGUAGUGCGAAGCAGGCAAGACAGUUUGUCACCCAUGGCAAGGUGAAGGUCAAUGGCAAGAAGAUGCCCUACCCAGGAUAUCUCCUGAAUCCAGGAGACCUUUUCCAAGUUGAGCCUGACUCCGUUUUGUUCGCCACAGGAGCACCAAAGGAGAUGGAACAAACGAAGAAAGGAAGACAACUCCGACGAUCCUCAACAAGAGUCAACAUCACGAUGGACAAGCUGCGUACAGUACGACGAGAGAAGAGGGCAGCAGAGCAGGCUGCUAAAGCCCAAAAGGAAGCCGCCGCCGAAGCAGCAGGAGAGCUUGUCAAGCCCCGCGUGAAGGUUGAAAGGCCGACGCUACAAGACAACAUAAUUAUCCGCCAGCAACGGCAAGCCGACGCGGUCGAGCUCCUCAAUCAAGCAGACCUUCUCUUCAAUAACAGGAGGAAACCUCUUAGCGCCAAACAGAAGCAGGAUCUCAGAGCCUUGGUCAAAAAAGUACGAGUCUUCCGAGGGCAGUGUUUCCGGCUACCCAUCGACAAGCUGGAGAAGACACGUGUCGAGAUCUCAGAAGAAUGGAAAGAAGUCCGAACUCACCCCAGACAGCAAGCCAAACGGGAAAGGGCACAGGCAAAGAAAGCCGCCACGCCUAAAGUGGUAGAUCCGAAUGCGAAGCCGAAAAUCACAUACAAUCAAAAGAUCGUAAAGCAGCUAGAAGAGGAGCGCCAGCUAAGGAUGAGGAAGAUCAGAGAAGAGGUACAUGAUCCCACUAAACCAUAUGCGACACCCUGGCGCCCAAGACCGUACAUGAGUGCUUUUGCAUUCAUCCCGAGAUAUUUGGAGGUCAAUCAUAAGAUCUGUUCUGCGGUGUACUUGAGAGAUCCAGUUGCGAGACCGGGACUGACUGAAGUUCCAACACCUUUCCCACAGGAUGUUCAGCAAUUAGCCUUUACAUGGUAUCUGAGGAGGAGGUAGACAGGUGAAAGAUCAUGUGGUACUACAUAGCAUGGCUUGGGAAUGAGUGGAGAAAGGCUUCUAUAGUGAUGUGGGAGCUUUGUAACUUGUAUUAUAGUCGAGGUACAAAAAUUAGGUCCUUUCCCCUGCACUAUACGCCAUGAUAACAUUAUUCCCAAUGUCAACUCUCAUCCGGGACUUGGGAGCAUCGUUACAUUCAAGCGACAAGCCAGCCAGUGUAUGUGGCCCAUCCUAACACUGCCUAGAACAUACACAUAAUGGGCACCCCGAAAUCAUCAAUCAAACGACAACUGAAGACAUUCCUUUUCCCUCCUCACCUCUUCCUACCUCCCACAAUUCAGUACCCUGUUUCACACCCCUACUAAUCUCGUGACAAAAAUCACCGACGACCACAACACCAGGUUCACCUGCUCUCGCCUAUGCACUCGGCAAUGUCCUAUCAUCGUACAACUGCCACUUCCUCAACUAGCGCCUCUGAUUGGCCGGCUCCCAGCACCACGGACCGUUCCGAAUUUGUAGAUGUGCAACAAAAGUUCAAAGAUUGUGAGGCAGGGCGGAGCGGUCCGUUUUGUAGACAUGCAACAAAAUCUCGAGGAAUAUAAGAUAGGCGGUGUGGUGGAAAAGCGUGAGGCGGUGCUUUCCAGUCUUUCGGCUGCUAGAGAGUAUGCGAUGCUAGGUAGCCAUUGUAGACGAUUGGCAUUCUGGCCACGGCUCAGGGAGGAAGAUUCGUGCUGUUCUCAUUCGGAGAAACUUAAACCAGGUCGUACCUACAUCUAAAUGGAGAAAUCUGUAGCAGUCAAAAAAGGUCGUAGAAUGAAAUCUUAAU